AUGGAAUGGCUUCAGCGGAAGAGGUUCAGCAUAAGAGACUUUUUCAGCGGAACAGACAACUCAGAGCCAGAGGCCCAAAAUCGCCCUAUUUCGUCGAGAAGACGCCGCACGAAAUCAGGAGGUUCACGUAUAUCUGCUGGACUGUUGAGUGGGGACGAGACCGGCUCAGAAGCGUAUGCGACUGAAUACGAAGUAAUUGUUGACGCUGCGGAAGAGAGCAUUCGCGCUAUUCGAGAGCGGGUCCGCCGCCAGCGCGAAGAGAAAGAACAUGAGCGCAAAGAAAGAGUGAAAAUUCUAGCAAGGGAACAGGAUUGUCAGCUGCUGGAAGAAAGAACUAAAUGGUUCGACAAUGAAGAAAACCAAGCCGAGAAAACAGAAAGGGAGGGGCGAUCGCAACAACGAGAGAGCAGUAGGAGUCGAUCAUCAAAACCUGCUUCAAGAUCUUCGAAAUCUCUUCCGCCUGUUCCAAGGCAUGACUUAGAUCGGUCGCCAACGCCUCCACGCCUUUCGGCAAAAGACACUAUCAAGAAGUUCGAGCUUGGAUCAUCCGAGGACACUAAAAGCCAUGUAGGACGAAAGAAAAAACAGCGUGCAUUAAAGUUGCGUCCUGAGGAAGCACUUAACCAGAGCGUUGAGACAGACACGGAAACUGCCGCAGCUUUGAAUUUCCGCCUUUUCCCUGACAUUUAUAUUUAUGAAGCAGAAGUGCUCGUCAAAGUGCUGAUUCCUCCACCAAUUCCUACACGUCGACAAUCGAGAUUGAGGAAACGGGCGGUCGAUAAAAGCUCAUUAGAUGCCGAGCCCCAGUCGGAAUCGAACUCGGAGACGUCUUCUCUUCCGCAACCGAAACCACGGCGGAAAUCGAGACCGCGGUCACGGCCUCGCUCCAGGUCCCUUUCAGCGGAGCGAGUCAGAGCUUUCGAAAAGGGGGAAGCAAAGAUAUUUGAAACUCAGCGACGGAUGUCUCUCCCCCAAAUAUCGCGUCCACUUCCUGCAAUACCGGAAUUUCCAUCGACUGAGAAUGUCAAAGUGCUUGACAAACAGCGAAUUGAUGAUAUCCAGCCAAUGAUCGAUACGAUUGGCCUGCUUUUAGGAAAGGAGAAUUUUUGUGAAAGUGAGAAACCCAAUAUUGAUAAUUGGGAGAGUGAUGAUGAGCCCUGCUGUAGCAAACAUAUUCAACGUAAGCGAGAAUGGCAGCAUGAGCGAGAAAUUCUUCUUGCGCGAUGCAAAGCUACCGAAAACUCUCAGCAAGUGCUGCGAAACGUUCGUGGCAUUUUAGAGCAGCUAAGAGCAGAAUUGAAGCGCGAAGAAGCGAAGCGAAAUGAACUGGAGAAAGAGUUUAUACAGCAACGUACACUAUGGAUGGCUGAAAUGAAGCAAUUGCAUGAGACGAUAUACGAGUUCCAGAGAACAGAGAAAAUGUGGAUAGAAGACGGGGGAACGGUCGAUUCGAGAGUUUCAAUGCUUCACAAGAAGGUACAGGAGCUGCGUCACGAGAAAUGCCAAAUGGCUAAGGCCGCAGAGCGAGAACGUCUCAACUACGAGGAGCAGAAGAAUCAGUUAUUGCAGCAAAUCCACUUGCUAAACCAAGGAAAGUUCCUCUCAACUCCUAAGUCAAACUCGGCCGAGUUGAAUUCCCGCUUGGACAACGCUCUUGAACAAAUCGAAACUGUUUCAAGGCAGCUCUGCUCCACAAAUCCUGAUCAGCAAAAUACGCUGCAAAUGUCACGUCAGAUUUCAAGCUCCACAUCUCGUUUGGACGAGUUGACUUCGGUUCGGCCAAAGUCUUCGUUUGACUUGGUUCGACGCGAGCGAUCUAAAGAGUUCUCACGAGAUAUUCUUUCUGACGCCGCCGACUUGACAACUGACGAUGAAAACAAAGUCUUGCCUGGACUUCACCAGGAACUGACGAUCAAACCUUUUGACAAAUCGUCUCUUCUUUUUGGAUCGCGAGGACUCAGCGCAUCGAGGAACGUACCUGGCCUAAACGGCCCGAUUCCAUGGGGUCAGAGUGGAGCAACUGCCUCUGGAUUUGCUGUAAAUGGCACUUCAUCCGCUUUUGGGCCAUCUCCUAUUUCUCAAAUCAACGGGCAAGCUCCCUCGCCGACUGUUCCCCCGCAGACACAAUCGAUUCAAAUGCAAAAUUUGCGAAACAUGUCGAAUCUUUCCCUGCAAGGAAGCUUCAAUCCAUCGCCUAAACAAGUUGCAACUCCAAAAACUCCAAUCGAUAACAGCAAAAACGUGCGAUUUGGCGAAAAUAAGCAAGGGCCUUCUGUUAAAUUAGAGGCACGACAAGGACAUGAACGCGCGUUUGAUUCGGACGAUGGCGAGGCAAGACGACGCAGAGAAAUGCGAAUGAAGAGAUUUAAACAGCUUGAGGCAAAACGAAAUGCUCAUGCUGGAGAAACAACCGAUGACGGAGGACAUGAAGAAGAACCCGUUCCAAAAACAAGAAGAUCGCGGAAGUACGCACGGUCGAAGACCGAUACUUCAGCAUCUGAAAUGCGUGCCUUCGCCAGCAAAUCGAGAGGAGGAGAUUUAAUGGGCUUCGACAAGCCCAAAGUUUUGCAGCAGUUCGAACGAAAGCUUAUGGAAAACGAGCAUCGGCAGACUUCCCGAGAUUCUAAUCCUGGAUUGAUCGAGCGUGAUCUUGUCGGCUCUCAAAUCUCUAAUCGAACUCAAACAGCCCAGCCAAGACGCCAGUCUAAUCCGACAUUACAAAAUAAUAGCCACGGACAGUCCGCCACUGCCAACAACAUUGCGACGCAACCUAAGCCCGUCCAAAGCAACGGCAUACCAAAGAGUGAAUCGGCCGCAAACUUAGGGCGAAGUGCUCAGCAGCAGCAACCCAAGCAGUCUGUCGGCUCGAAGCUGUCCACUCUCCAGCGUCUUAGUCGUUUCUCUGGAUCCACCCCGAACCUAACUCAAACUCAGGAGCAAGAGAUUCAGAGAGGAUUUGAUUGUUCUGUCGCUGAGCGAACUCGUCAACUCCGUCAACUAAGAGAGAAAACUGAGAAAGACAAUCUCAAACGUGCGGACAGUCUUCGAGACCGAAUCUCAAUCUUCGAAUCGAGCCGGGAUUCACGAGUUCAGCUCCUUCGAAAUUCUAACGGACCGAUGAACUCGCCGGCGACGGCAACUGCGAACGCUAUCAAUCAGAGAAGCCCAGGUGCUCAAGUUAAAGGUUCUGUUGCGCGCUCACAGAGCUUAAAAAUGGCCCCUACUUUUUUGCGAAACAAAGCUGAGAGCAAUGAUCGAAAGAGUUCGAUUUCGGAUAGUUUGGCCGAACGUAGGAGCAUGGUUGCAGGAAUUCUUUCAGCCGGACCUCCAUCAAAAGAUAGAAAAUACCGACGAGCGGAUACACAGCCGAUCGAGUCCACUUCCACCUCACAGACAGCGGCACAAGUAUCUUCACAGCCGUCUAUCUCAAGACCCUCCGGACCAGCGAAUCGUAGAAGACCGACUAGAUGGCGAGGAGAGGGAAGCGAAUCAACAGCAGUGUCUAACUCGGCUGAGCUCGACGACUUCAACACUAUUGAUUAA